UCCCAUUCCCACCCGUUUCACCCGGCCUGGGGCAGGCUUUCCGGGUGGGAACGAGGUGAUCCUGCGGUCCCUGCCAACCCCAAGCGUUGUGUGCUUCCCCAGGUGCUGCGGCACGAGGAGUUCGAGGAGGGCUGCAAGGCCAGCUGCAAUGGCCCUUAUGAUGGAAAAUGGAGCAAGACCAUGGUGGGCUAUGGACCAGAGGACAAUCACUUUGUGGCAGAGCUGACUUACAAUUAUGGCAUUGGAGAGUAUCGCCUGGGCAACGACUUCCUGGGCAUCACUCUGGUGUCCAGCCAGGCUGUGAGCAAUGCCAGGAAGAUGGGCUGGCCCCUCAAAGAAAUCACCUCUGGUGUCUUUGAAGCUGAAGCCCCAGGAGGAUACAAGUUCUACCUGGAAGACAAGGAACAGCUCAAGCAAGAUCCCGUGUGGAAGGUUACCCUGGGUGUCUCAGACCUGCAGAAGUCUGUGAGCUACUGGUCUGGUUUGCUUGGGAUGAAAAUAUAUGAGAAGGAUGAUGAGAAACAAAGGGCUUUGCUGGGCUACGCUGAUAACCAGUGCAAGCUGGAGCUGAAGGCUGUUGGAGGAGCAGUGGAUCAUGGCACAGCGUUUGGACGCAUCGCCUUCUCCUGUGCCAAGGAAGAGCUGCCAAACAUUGAAGCCCUGAUGAAAAAAGAGAAUCAGAAAAUUUUGACGCCCCUGGUCAGCUUGGACACGCCUGGGAAAGCCACGGUGCAAGUGGUUAUUCUGGCUGAUCCUGAUGGCCAUGAAAUCUGUUUUGUGGGAGAUGAAGCGUUCAGAGAGCUGUCCCAGGUGGACCCUAAUGGUGACAAGCUGUUGGAUGAUGCCAUGGCUGCAGACAACAGUGACAAGUGGUUUGCUGAGCACAACAUGAAGAAGGUUUCAGCUUAGCUGGAGGAACGGAUUGGGCUGCUCCUCUGUGCCUUGGAGUUCUCCCGAGAAAAUUCCAAUCCUGGUUAAAGUGCUGCCUUCCCAAUCAGAGGGUGCUGGAGUGUCCCUUGGUGAUUUUUUUGAGUUGGUUUUAGCUGAUGUCUCUGGCCUGCUGCUCUCUCCAGUAAAUAACAUCUCCUCCCAAAAAAUGGGGCUGUGCAGCAAAGAAGCAGCUGAGCCCUUGGCUUCAAAAACAGGAAUCAUCAGUCAAGAAAACCUCACAUUUCUGUCUUGUUGUUACACUUGAAAGAAAGGUUAUUUUCUGGUUAAUUAAUUUUCUGAUUAGUUUGCUUUAGCUAUCCUUUAUUUGCAGGCUAGAGAGAAGAUUUUCAGGCAGCUGUGUCUACUCCCCCUCUCCAGUGGGGUGUGGGGAGUUGGAGCAGGGAGUUCAUCCCUUUAUUGGGAACAAAGAAAUGAUCUUGGCAAAGCAUGUGAGUGAAUACUCCAGUCCUUGUUUUCAUUCCAAGGUGUUUCCCCAACUCUCAAGGUGCAAUGUUCACUGGAGAAGCCAGCCCCUGGUGUGUUUCUCACUAGGAUCCCGGUGUUGAUGGGGUGGUUUCCACCCCUUCUCAGGGAGAUUUCCACUCCAGGAGGGAGCUGAGGCUGUGCUUUGGGGUUUGUAGCUGCACUGUCUGCUGAGGUGCCAGGGUGCAGCUUGAAAUCAGUUUUGCAUUUAGCUUUUGGUGAGGAACUUCGGGGAUAACAGUUGAAGGGUUUAUCCUGUUGAAAUGAAGUCACUCUGCUUUUGCUGGUGGAAUAAAAGCUGGGAAUACAGGGGGACAUUCCUGGCAUUGUUUCUGUCAGGUAUGCUGUCUGACUUGCCGUUUUCUUGAUGAAAACCUUAAAUAAAACACUUUAAAUCACAUUUUCCUCACAGAACUGAAAUGAGUUUUAUGGAGAUCAGGCAGUGUUGGCACUUCUGAGCUGAAACAGGAAAAAUUCCUCGCUGGGCUUUGGUUCGAGCUUUUAAAAUUCAGCUUUAAUGACGGGUUUGAAUCCUGUUCGUCAAAUUAAACAUGUUGAUCUCGGA